AUGGUAAAGAAGAAAUCACUUAAAACACAAGACAAUUUGACUCUGAUGCGACCACAGGAAUCUGAAGAAGAGGAAAACUAUGACGUCGCGGAUCUUUCUGCAAUUCCAGCACCGAAAAUUGAGUUCGUCAUGCCUAAUCUUACUCCAAUGGAUUGUUCGGAAGUAAAGCCAACUCAAAAGCCUAAGAAAGCAAAGACGAAGUCGGAAGCCGAAACCAUAUUAACGUCGGAGCAGCUAAAUAUCGAAAUUGUUCGUCUUCGACCUGUCAUACAAAAAGCUCGGCAAUUUUUAAUUCAUCGUCUUGUAAGAAAGAUGAAACGCAUGGAACUGCUGUUGAAAAAGAAAGCGAACGAUACUACGAAAAGGAAAGUUGAGAGAUAUGAAGAAGAAGUCCACUUCCUGAAACGCAUUAAAAAAGACGAUGUUUCCAAAUUUGCGCUCCUGAAUAAGAAGAGUUUGGAUGAAUUGCGAAUUACAGACAAAACAAACAUCAGGGAAAGAUGCAUCUACAAGCUUGCAUGUGAGCCUUCUGUGGUCAAAAGUGUGCAGCAAUAUAGACGUCGUUAUCCAUCCUGGGAGACAACAACAGCGUUUCUGCUGCAGCGACUAGGAAUCCAGUAUGCAUCAGCAGAAAAAGGUGCACAUGGAUUAGUCCCAAGCGGUAGCGGAGAGGACUAUAGCGACGAUGAGGAUCCAGAAUGUGCUCAAGAACAACUGAUACCGACAAAAAUCCAUUCGGAUCCAAAACGUUCAAAGAAGCCAAAGACAAAACCUUCAGCUCAAGAAUCGAAGUGUGCAGAUGAACAAAGUUAUGCCAAUAAGUCUUCAGAAGAUAUAAACGAGGGAGAUUCUACCGAUUCUGGAGAUUCUGGAGACCGUGAUGAAGCGAUAGAAGAAGAAAGUGAUGAUGAUUUACAAUCAGCUGAAAACAGUAGGAAAUUGCUCGUCGGUUCAACAAGUAAGAAGUCUGUUGUUGGAAAAAAUCUUGUGGUGAAAAGGAAGGGAAACUCUCAAAGAGGUACCCCCAAUGAUCGCAAAAAUGAGGUGACAACGGCUGUGGUGAAGAAGCUGAAGUUGAGUAAGAUGGCUUCAGUCGAACUCGGCAAAAAUCCUGUUUUGACCCCUGAUCUGCGUCAGCAGAAGAACACGCCAAGCAGUUCAGCUUCUGAGCCAAUCAGUUUCUUCCUUCCGGCUGCAUCUGCUUCUACCGUGCCCAAAUCGAAAGAAACCGAUAUGGCUCCUUCCAAUACCACAUCUGUAAAGCAAAUGAAGCUGGAAAAGUCCGAAAAUGACAAUACCAAUAAGAGCAACCGCAAUACUAGAGUGAAGAAAAUGAAGUCGAAGUGUGAACCGUCUCAUCCAAAGUCUGCAAAGUUGAAUGAAUCUUCGGAAGAACUCCAUCCGUCAUGGGCUGCUCGACGGCAAGUUAAGGAACGUCAGCUAUCUGCUCCACAAAGCAAAAGGAUAGUUUUCAAUGAAGACUAA